AUGGAAAGACCACAGCUCACUUUGGAUGCUGCAUACAAGUUUACACUAUGGUGUGGUCUCUUUUCUAGUCUUCUCAACACUCAAGAGAAAGGUAGUGAGUACGAUGUACAUGACCGAUGGGUAGCGAAUGUUGCUACAUCAUUUAUCAAAACCACACUCCCGCGCAAAAUACAGAGAACUUGCUGCUUAUCUGGAGCAUGUGGAAGAAACUCUCUGACUCACAAAAAAAUCCAUUUUGGACGUGGCGAGGUAUCUGUAGGGCGUGGUGAGCGUGACGAUGUGUGUGCCUGUGUGGCGCAUGCAACAGCAUGUUUGGGACAACCUGUUUCUCUUCUUUUAAGGGACUAUAGUUCCUCCCCUUCUUUGGUUGGAGAUGGUUAUGAAGGAUUACGCUGUAUGCUGCGACAUAUGAUUCUUCAGAGUGUAACAUUUUCUGGAAUACCAGAAUUUCGCGAUGCAAGAGAAGUUGUGAGCGAACUGAGUAAAACUUUGAGUAGUAACAAGAGAACACUAACACGUGUCAGUCUUGGAGGACUCCCAUCCCAUGUUUCUAUCACGUCAUUGUUUUAUUCACUCGCGAGAACAGAUAUCGUGAUAGAGUUAAGGCUGGAGCACUGCUACAUAGAUGAUGUCACUGAUCUUGUUAACUACAUGAACACAUCAAAACUACUUCAACGUCUUUCGUUACGUGGAAAUAGGGGAAUAUCUGAUGUUAUUGAGGAGCUGGCUACUGGAGUUUCUAACUGUUCUUCUUUACUUACCUUUGAUAUGGGUCACUGUGGCUUGAGUGAUUCACACCUUAGACUGUUUCUCUCUCGAUUGAAUAACUUUUCCUACCGUACACGUUUUUCUCUUGAUAUAUCAAAUAACGUUCUAACCGAUAUGUGCUUUGUGAACCUAUCAAACGCGCCUCCGGCGUUCUGUAAAAUACUAACCCACCUAAAUCUUAGUGGUCACGACUUUAAAGGCUGUAAAUGUCUCGUUGUAGACAUGCUUUGCAAUUUUUCUGCAUUGACUGGUAUUACCCUAGAUCACUGUGAACUUGGUUCCCGCGAUGUGGAACUACUCUUCAGAGAGAUAUCUCACUCCCAUCGUUGCUGGAGUCAACUCUCGUUUUGCGGGGAUCGGUUAUCAUUGGAAGAUAUUAAACGACUUACACUUGCUCAAUUUGCACAAAAUGCUACCAUUUCUGUGGCAGGCAACAGACUUGGAUCUUCUUUGCGGAAGUUGCAUUUAGCAUAUAUAAUUCCAUUUCUUUCCGAACUUGAUCUUUCGCUCUGCGAAAUCGAAGAUGAGGGCGUGGUGCAAUUGGCAAAAGUCCUAGAAGAUGCACAACCAGUUCCUUUACGUGUACUUAGACUUGAUAACAACAAUAUUGGCAUGGGGGGAAACAAGAAGUUUGUCGGAUUGCAGUUCCUUGGAAGGGCUCUACGUGCAAGAUACGCACCGAAUCUUGAAGUGCUAUCACUAGCAAGAAACAAGUUGUCACUUCGACCAUUGCUGACGUUAGUGGAGCAGGUUUCAUCUUCACUAAAGGAACUGAACAUCUCGUACUCAUCCAUUGCGACUAACGAUGAUCAACUUAACGAUCUCCUCGGAACAAUAAUAAAGCGCCAGAAGGCUCCGAUUCAAGGUGACGCAUUCAAUCAACUCGACCUCUGGGCUCUUCGUACUUGUGAUGUGGACGUUCGUUUUAGCAUCGAUGUGGCUACACGGCUUGAGGGACAACGAGCUCUACGUGUCAUUAUGGAGGUGAAAUAA